UGGAGUACUAUGACACCGAAACAGCGGCAAAAAUGGCAUUAUGUCAAUGCCAGACAGAUCUUACAGGCGGUAGUACAGCAUAUUGCAAUUCAACGAAUAUCUUCUGUUUGAACAAUGAGGAAGUUAAAUGUUUCGCUGAAUGCAUUAAUGGCCCAGAAGAAAUAGACCUUACAGCACGGAUUGUUUUCGGUGAGGCAAGGGGAGAAUGCAUUGAAGAGCAGCUGGCUCUGGCGUAUUCUAUUGCAAACAGGGUAAACCAUACCGGGUAUCCUGAUACGAUCGAGGGCGUUAUCGGGAAAAUGUACAAAAAAGGAAGGGUGCAUGAAUACAACACUCUUGACAACCACAAUCAUAACUCGUCUUUUGAAGAGGCAAGAAUGCAACACACGGCUGCAUAUAAUCUUACAAUUGGCGUUUCAGUUGCUGCAAUAUGCCAAUGUAAGCCUGAUCCUACAAAUGGCGCCACAGACUUCUGUGUCCCAGACCCUAGUAAAGGUUCAUGCUCAGCCACUGAAGACAAUAAAUAUUAUCACUCUGUCAACAACAUUAGAAUUGGACAGCAUAUGUUCGCCAGCCGCGCUCAAGUAGAUUCUGUGCAACUAAUUGGAAAAUAAUAUUAG